UGUGUAUACAGACAGGAAAUGCAAUUUGGGCCACCCCGAGACCAGUUCUGCUACCCUUCUGCAUUCUGCCGGUGGACUCGCAUUUCGUGUUUGGGUGGGCGUUCGCGCGCGCUCCCUCGUUCGCUCGCGGGCGGGCUGUUCCCCCCCCCCCGCCUUCCCUUAACGUGUAGGCUAAGUGGCGAUGCGAGGAAGGGAGAGAAGGGGCGUCACCAUCUGUUGUUAAUUCUCCGGUCAUUGGAUUAGUAGCCCUCGGUGAUGAGAUCAGCAAGAUCAGCUUUCAGGAUGGGGUGCCUGGACUGGCUUUAGCUGCAGGCUCUUCCCAUCUGGGCUGUCUGUGUCAUAAAAGGGGAGAGCAAGAAAGGGGCGGGGGAGAGGCUGGGCAGAGAGAGAAGAAAAGCCGAGGCAUAAAAGCUGGAGGAAUCUUUGAAGAAACAACGGCAAGGCAGCCGGGGCGGCAAAGGGCAGGCUGCCCCAGAGGCCACUUUCCUUCUGCCGAGAGUUUACAGCGGGGAGUUUCCUGUCGGUGCGGCUCGCCUCGAUUGUCUGCUGCAAACGCGUGGAGCACGCGAAGUCCAGAAACCGGCGCCGGGCCGUGGGUGGGGGGAGGGGGGGAAAGGACGGGCUAUUUCUGCCUGAGUUUUGGUGCCAGCGCCCCCAGCUUCCCUCACCCCACCGUGAUGUGGUUCCUCCACGGCGUUGAGCUCCAACUUUUCUGAGUUUUUGCCCCCGGAACGGGACUAGCGUCGCAAAACCAGCCGUUGGGAAGUGUGUUUUCAGAAAACAUUGGCUCUGAAAGAGUCCAGAAAGGAGUAAAUCAAGUUGGUGCAUAAUGAAUCAUUGGCUCAGCUUGAAAGAGCUUUCAUGACUGGGCCCACAUCUACCCUUCACUCCCUGCAACCAAGCAAACUGCAGCUGAGCGAUGGGCCAAAAAAUCUCAGGGAGCAUAAAGUCUGUGGAUGUUCGGGAUCCCCCAUAUAGACCAGUUAAACGAGAACUGAGGGGACCAGAUUUCUGCAAGCCUGCACGAUUGGAUAUGUUGCUAGAUAUGCCCCCAGCCCACUUGGAGAUCCAAUACAAACAUGCUUGGAACAAUGACGAUCGAUCUUUAAAUAUAUUUGUGAAGGAAGAUGACAGACUAACCUUUCAUAGACACCCGGUUGCCCAAAGCACAGAUUGCAUCAGGGGAAAAGUUGGCUACACAAGGGGACUCCAUGUUUGGCAGAUUCACUGGCCCACAAGGCAACGAGGAACACAUGCAGUAGUUGGGAUCUCAACAGCAGAAGCCCCUUUGCAUUCUGUAGGAUAUACAUCAUUGGUUGGUAGCAAUAGUGAAUCAUGGGGCUGGGAUCUUGGACGGAACAAACUUUACCACAAUUGCAAAAACCAGCCUGGAGUGACCUAUCCUGUGUUUUUGGAACCAGAUGAGUCUUUUGUACUUCCAGACUCCUUAUUGGUGGUUUUGGAUAUGGAUGAAGGAACCCUUAGCUUCAUCGUGGAUGGACAGUAUCUUGGAGUGGCCUUCAGGGGCUUAAAAGGGAAAAAACUGUAUCCCAUAGUCAGUGCGGUAUGGGGGCACUGUGAAAUUACAAUGAGAUAUGUCAAUGGGCUUGAUCCUGAACCUCUACCUUUAAUGGAUCUGUGUCGAAGAUCAAUUCGCUUUGCUUUGGGACGAGAACGGCUGCAUGAUAUAGAAACUCUACCUUUGCCUCAAUCUUUGAAAAAUUAUUUACAAUAUCAGUAAUAUGAUUCUAGAGCUCUAAAUGGUAGAAAUUGUUUACAUCAGAAUUUAAAUCUUCAUGGUGGAUAUUUUGAGUGUUAUUUAAUUAUUUUUUACAUUUUUAAAAAAUAAACCAUAGCAGAAGAUUAUGGAGACUACUAAGAAAUGUGAAAAUGUUGAAUUUAUUUAGUUCUUUCAGUAGAAUAACUGUUGCCUAUACUGUUACACAGCCUCGUUAUGCAGAAUCCAAAGCUUGUUUUCACAGGUAAGAGCCAAAUGUGAUAUGUGUGUUAGGUUAGACCUAAUAUUGGAUAUGUGCCUAAUGUGCAAGAGAUGCAAUACAACUCCCCAAACUAGUGUUCAUGAAAGAAGAAUAUUAUUUUAUAUAGGUCACAGUAUCAGCAUGUGAAAGAAAUAAUCACUGUUUGAUGUUUCUCAAAAUACUGGAACUUGAUAUAUCAAAUAAUUAGGGUUCUUACAAUAUCAAUUAUGAUGCAAAAUUUCUUACUCAUGCAAUCUAUUUAUUCUCAUUUUGGAAAGAAAAUGUUCCAGAUAAUAAUAAUAAUAGUAGUAGUAAAGUUGGAAGGGACCUUGGAGGUCAUCUAGUCCAACCCCCUGCUCGGGCAGGAAACACAUCACAUCUAGUGUGCACCAUAGGAAGACACUGGGGACCUUUGCACAUGGAACAUAGAAGCCUCAUUGGUACUGGAAGAUUGUGGUCUCUUACAUUUAGGUGCUCAGCUUUUUCAGAAAAUAACAUUCUUGGUAUAAUAUAUUAUCUGCCAUAUUUUAACUUACAUUAUUGAACAAGAUAGUUGAUCUUGUUUUCCAAAGCAACUCAGCUCAGUCUACAAAUUAGUUAAGUUAGUUGACUUUCUUAAUUUGUUUUUGGUUUUAUUUCUUCAGUAGGAUAAAAUUUACUCAAAUUAGUCUUUUCCAGUUUAACUGGUUUUAGGUCAGGUAUUCUGGUUCAGACCUAUUUUAAUUUAUCAAAAAUCAUGCCACCUUUUUAUUCAUGACCACAUUAUUAUUAAUUAUAUUAUAUACUUUUUGAGUUCCAAAUACCAAGUUUCCUGUAAUGUGCCUAUGACAUAAGAAGGCUUGAAUUAACCCACUCCAUGUACAUUGAGAAAUUCCCAGAGUUCAAAAGAUAGCCAGGCCCUUUGCCAGAAUUGUGUGCCAGCCUUCAUGUGAAUAUCCAAGGUCUUGAUGAGUGUUCCACAAUGUUCAGAUGCCCCUAUGCUUUGGCUCAUACAUUUGUGCAUAUAUUUAUGUGAAUACCUCAUUCUCUGAAAUUGUUAUCUAUUUCUAACACCAUGCCAAAUUGGCAAAACACAUGCUAUCAUAGCAUCACAGCCAAUUACAUAAGGGCAGGAUUUAUACUGCAACAUGUUUUAUUGUUUGCCACUCCCCUCCUCCAGACCCCAGGCAUUCUACCAGACAUCCCUCAGAGAGGCAACACAUGGUUCCAGAAACAGGAAAAGUUAGCCUAUAAAUGACUUGUUUUAAAACUUGCAAGGAACAAUAAUAUGUAACUUUAUACCAUUUUGUUUAUCUUGUCACACUUUGAGUAUUACAUUUUGAAUUUCUCUCUCAAAAAUAGGGAGGAAUUUUUUUGUUCUUACAUCUUUUUCUCCUUUGCUUAGAAUGUGUGUUCAUUUAUCAGGAUCAACUUAUUUUUAAGGGAACUGUUUUUGUUUGUAAUUUUUUUCUGCUACAUUCACAGUUCUCUGCCUGAUCAUGAACUAGUUUUUAACUGGAAGUUGUUGUAAUGGCAGGAUAUCAAAUGUUGAUUGAGCUGCCUUCAGCAUAUUUUAAUGUGAAUUCACCGAAGAAUGAAGAUAUUUCUAAUAAACUCUACUGUCCAAAUGAC